AAGACAAAGAGGAAAGAUCUACACUAACAAGGACAAGAACAAAAAAAAGAUGGAAAAAAACAAACCCUUCAACAAAUCUGUGUCUAACUACAGCCACGCUCUUUCCGCUAAAGAGCUGCGCUGGACUCUCCAUGUGUAAUCCAUAUACUUACCUCAGUGUUCCAAGUGUGAAGGACGUAUAAUAAUACAUAUGUGUCGUGGUCAGCUAUCUCCAAUACCAGUGAAAUACAAGAACAGGAAUUUAUGAUUCUCUCGAUGUAUACGUACUAAAAGAAAUACACACAAAGAGCCUGGAUAUUUGCUGCACCCUUCAUGGGCUUUUUAUCCUCAACUUUGUAUCUAUUGGUUUUGGUGUACUCCUGGGUUACAAGAGUGCAAAAGGUCAACGUUUCUAUGUGUACGUGAGUCUCUUUCCAAGGCGUCUAACUGAUCAUUACGAAAGCAGGUGGUUCGCUUCUGCCUCACUUGGGACUCGACCGCCCCGCUAGAGAGACGGAGCGGAAGUUCCGAAUACCCGAUGCACAGUGCCAACACGAGCCAAUCAACAGUGGCCCACAAACAGGAAUUGUGAUGUCAGGCCAAGAGAGACUCCAAGAGAAUAUUCCGGACCGGGCUGGCCGCCAUCGUCCGUCGCCUUCGACAAAGCUUGCUUGCUCUUUGCUUGUAUUGGUCCUUCAUCAUCCUACUGCUCCUCUUCUUCAUGCCAGGCCCGUUUUGUCAGAUCCAAUGGGCGCUUGUUGACAGGGAUGCUCUUAAAAGACGUUUCUUAUUAUGUCUCAUGUUUUGUGUGCGUGUGUGUGUGUGUGUGUGUGUGUGUGUGUGUGUGUGUGUGUUAUGUUCCCAGCAUGAGUCUGAAGAACAGGAAGUUCUCACUGGACAGCUCUGUCUCACAGGAUGCGACAGGAAGCAUCAGCAACCGCAGAGGCUCCACUCACAGGCUCCUGAAGAAGUACAGAACGAGCCAGGAGGAUAGCGAACUGGAGAUCCCGGAACUAAAUCAAAAUUCCAACGGCAACUUCGGCGGCAGGGAGAAGACUUCCGUGGAGGAGAUAAUUGAGCGGCAAGAUGGGCUCAUCAGCAACAAUAGUUUCCACAAACACAAUCGAAAUUUCCACAGACUCUUUAAGGAAAUCCCAGAAGGAGAGAACCUGACACAUACUUUCACCUGCGCUCUGCAAAAGGAAGUGCUCUAUCAUGGAAAACUUUAUAUUUCGGAAAAUAACGUGUGCUUCUUCUCGUCCGUGCUGCUCAAAGAGACCAAGGUGGUGAUCCCCACAUCCAACAUCCAGGAGGUGAAGAAACAAAAUGCAGCUUUGUCCAUGCUGUCGAUACAAACUGCCGAUGACGAGAAGUACUUUUUUGUUUCCUUGAGAAACCGAGAGAUGUGCUACAAUCUCCUCCAAAGUGUCUGUUCGCAGGCACAGGGAGACAGCCCUCAUGGAUCCUCUGCUGAGAAUGAAGCUGAUUCCAAUUUGGUCUCCAGUCAUUCCAGCAUUGAUGACACCGUGGAUCACCAUAUGAGCGGGCAGAAUGGUUCCACCCAAAGAAUGUCUACAACAGAGGAGGCGGACGGCACGUUUUCGUCAUGGCUUUGGAAGAUCAUGGAGGACGUCACAGUGUUUUUCUUCCUCCGACCAAGAGUGAAUUUCAGCAUUGUCUUAUUCGCCUACUUAAUGUUGUUGGUGCUGCUCCUGUUGGUGUCCGGCUACAUUGGGCUCAGGAUGAUAGCACUGGAGAGGCAGCUAAGUUCUUUGUCUGAGCUGUCUUUGCUCUUCGGAGACCAACAAGAAACAUAGCCAGGAGCAACGACCAUCAGCAAUUCUCCCAAGAUUCACUGUGUAAUUUAAAUAGAGAGUUUAUUCGCCUUUAAUGAGAGAAGAGACAUGUGGCGGUUGACGUCGGCCCAUAAAAUGGAUGAGCGAAAUCAGGGACACAAAGACUGCAUUUCGCGGGCCCUUGUUUACUUCAACCAACCAAAAGUAAACAGUCGAAAAGAAAAUUUGAAUGUUAAAAUUCUGUACAUUUCACGUGAGAUUUUAAUAGUGGAAUUGAGCACUUUUUUUUUGGUUUUACUUGUACAAUACACAUGUUAGCCAGUAGAGGGCAGUGUUUUCAUCUAAACAGGAGCAUCACCGGGUAAAGCCACUUAAUUUCCCUUCAGUUUUCAAUUCCAAGUCAAACAUUUUGUCAUCCCUGUCUGUUGCCAAAAUUUGUAAAUAAAUAACUUUGUUACAAUC